AAUUAAACCUAUUUCUUAUCAUUGUCACAGUAACUUUCUCUUAAGGGUAUCAAGGUACGUUCCUUACAUCUAAUUAUCUUGCCUUUCUGGCUUUUAAUUAUUCAGAUGUAAUGAAAUUCGAAGAAAUAUGCAAUCCGGCUUCCAACUCGGCAUACGUGAUCGGCCUCACCUAAGCCAUUUCACGUCGCGUUUUGUGUUGCUUUUCUCGUCUUUCCACUUUUUUUUGAGGAGGUGUGAUUAGCAGGAAGGAGUGCCGGGCAUGGUCAGUCGUGUGGACCAGAUUUACCGAAGCAUCCUCCUCAGCAAGUUCUUUGUACGUGGCUGGGGGAAACCAGAAAACUUGCGGAGAAUCUUUGCUUUCCGGAAAAUCAUCUCAAAUCGCGAAAAAUGUCAGCAUCUUGUAGAUAAAAAUCAUCCAGUAACAGUAACAAAGGAAACUGACAAUGGGGACCAUAUCCUUUUGGAGGCAGAGUUUGUGUCCCCAUUUGUGGAGCAACUGCCCGGCCUCCUUCCCAAGGAGUCGGAGAAAGCUACCUUUCAGUUUGUCUACCCCAAAACAUGGCGCACCCACUUGAGGCCCACAUGCCUACACCUCGCAGGCACUGGGGAUCAUGGGUAUUGGCGAAGGAGAAUGCUAAUGGCAAAACCGUUGCUUGAAGAGUCAGGCAUCGCAUCAAUCAUGCUGGAAAACCCUUUUUAUGGCAUCAGGAAACCCAAAGAUCAGCUCCGCUCAAGUCUUCACAAUGUGUCCGACCUGUUUGUGAUGGGUGGCUGUUUAGUCCUAGAGUCGCUAGCUAUUUUCCACUGGUGUGAACGCAUGGGUUUUGGGCCCCUGGGCAUCACAGGCAUAUCUAUGGGUGGACAUAUGGCAUCUUUGGCAGCUACCAAUUGGCACAAACCUCUUCCGUUGAUUCCUUGCUUAUCCUGGAGCACGGCAUCAGGAGUGUUCACCCAGAUGGCAUCUGCGGCUGCCACCGCCUGGCACAAACCCCUGGCUGUUGUGCCUUGUCUCUCGUGGACGACUGCCUCUCAGUGCUUCACGCAGGGAGUGAUGAGUGGUGCCAUCAACUGGGAGAUGCUGAAGAACCAAUAUUUUUCAAAUGAGGUUUUCAGAGAGGAGCUUUUCAACAUGAUACAGUCUCCAGAAGGGCAUUUUCCAGUAUACCACAAGGUUGGCCAGGAGUUUGCCCGAGACUUUCCCCAGAGCCUUUCACAUGUGGAGAAGAUCAUGCAAGAAAAUAGUGGAAGCCAGAGUAAUCCUGCCUCAAGCACUCCCCACAAUUCCUCAAAGAAUGACAGACUAGCACAGCACAAAGCAGAAAGAAUGGACAUGGCUUUCAGAAACGCAGAAGAGAUACGUGAGCCGGACAGAAUGUACAGUAGUAUAGCGUCUGCUGGGGGGGGCUCACAAGGGCUGAGUCUGUCCCUUCCAAAGUUCAAUAUUUUGCAGAAUUUCAGCUUUUCCAAGAAGAAGGUAAGCAAGAGCCAAAGUGUAGACUCGAAGAAGACCUCCAAGAACAUUCUCCUGAAGUACAAAAGCUCCAAGUCCAAGAUCUCAAAACCCGACUUCACUCCUGUGGGAAUCCGGCCCAAGAGUGCAGCACACAUGAAGACGGUGACGUUUGAGCCUUACAUGGAGGUAAAGGACACUCUGACAUGGGAGGCAGUUCAGUUCAUGCGGGGAGUCAUGGACGAGUGCACACACCUGGGGAACUUCACUGUACCAGUUGAUCCCUCACUCAUCAUCAUUGUGGCUGCCGAGAAUGAUGGGUACAUGCCGCGCGAUGGCAUCAUCCCACUGACAGAAAUCUGGCCAGGCAGCGAGAUGAGGAUCCUAGAGAGUGGCCACAUCACAGGGUAUCUCUUCAACCACCAGGUGUUCAGAAAAGCAAUUAAGGACUCUUUUGAUCGAGUUAUCGAGAAAUACUACAGUUGAUGCACAUCAUAUGUAGAUACCAAGAAGAUGUUCAUUUCCAUCAAAACAGAAAAGAAAAACAGAGUGAGAAUUUUUGCCCACAAAUUCAUGGAUUUUCAAUGUAUUUGAAGUAUUUUGGAAUGUGAGAGAUUUGCUUAGAAUUAUGUCCUUAUUUAGAUUUACUUUAUUAUGAAGUCAGUGAUGUGAAGCUCUCACAAUAAUGAAAUGCAUACUCACUCCUCUCUCUUUUACUCUUUCUCUUUUUCUUCCCUCUGCUCUGCUUCAUUUUUUUUUCUCUCUCUCUCUCUUUCCUCCUCUCUCUUUCUUUGCACCUUACCCUUUCAUUUUCUAUAUAUUUACUCUAAAAGCAUAGAAUACUAAAUUGUCAAGAGUAUACCAACCUUUAACUUGUUAGAAGUACCCUUUGCAGUUUUAUUUUGAUGAACUUAUGAUUUUAGUUAUCAAGAUAAAGGACCCAAAAUACACGGAGAGUAUGAGGUAUCAUAGUUAAGUUUUAUAUGUUAUUUUCUAUAUUUUUCUCCCCCUUAUUACAGCUCUUGUUUUGAAAGGGUAUGUUGGGCAUAUAUAGUGAUAAUAGUAGUGAUAUUACAGGUAUAUAUUUCAUUAUAUCUGAGUCAAAAUGGACUAUAUUAGUCUAGGAUUUGGUUGAUAGUUGCAGGGAAGUGUAACACUAGACCAGGGCAGAAGCAACACAUUGAAGCUGAGAAUUUUUUAUUUGACUUGUGUUUUAGACCUAGAUAUAGUUUAUGAUUCAUCCAUAAUAACUUGUGAAAUUUAAAGGGAAGUUUAGGUUUAGGAAUUAUGUUUUGAGAUAAAUGAAUACUUUACGGUGAUGUUAAGAUAAAAUCAGUACCACAGCAGUGCAAAGGAAAAUGAAAAACAUCUCCAGAUUUUAUGGCAUCUUCCCAGAAGAAAAAAGGAAUUUAUAUAAAGUAUAAACAUUUUCUUGACAGUGAAAAUAAUCUCUGCAACUGUUUUAUUGAAGUUAUUCAUGGCAGUUUCCGUUUUUUCCUGUCAUCUUUUUUUUCAUCUGAAUUUAUAGGUGCUGCAGAGCAUUGUUUUAUCAGGUGUAGUUGGUGGCAUGUAAUACACUGAAAUCAUUAUUUUGGGUGAGUGUUUAAGUUAAUGCCAGUAGGAAACAAAACAAAAAUUAUGCAUUUGAUAGAUGAGACAAUUUUAAGAGCUUUUACAUAUGCAUUAUUUCCAUCACAUAACUACUGUUUGUAAGAGCAUUCCUUAUGUGACUGUCAUCUGAUGAAGCUCAUUCUUGCACUUAUAUUGUGUGAAAGCUUACUGUUUAGAAAGCAAAGUUAUGUUUUGUGCCAUAUAAAGCCGAGGAUAGGAAAUCUAGUAACAAUGAUGUAUCCGUGGCAUUCUGACUGAGUAACAGUAAUUUGCAACAGUAAGAUAUAGAUAAAGAAAUAUCUAUUAUAGCUUGAUCUGUUGAACAGUGUAAUUUACUUUUCAAAGAUCUACACUGGCAUUAAAGUAAAUGUUUGCCUUCAAUUAUGAUUAUUAUGUGAUAGAGAAGGUUUUUGUGAUAAUUCCUUUCAGUCAGCCAUUAGAUUAGAUUCUAUAGAACUCUAAUGCUUGACCUUGAAAGAUGAAUAUUUAGUUUGAUGCAGAAUUUAGGUUUAGGCAGAAAAUUGAACAACUACUGUUUGUUUUGUGUAUGUGCCUGUGUGUAUGUGUGGAUUUUAAAAUGGACACCGUAAUGCAAAGUCACUGAAAUUUUUAAAGGUACACAUGCUGUCUACUUGUCUUUUCAUUCAUAUUUGCUUUAGAAGCCCCAUGAAUAGGGGUCAAAUUUCUCCCAAGUAGUUUUUUCGUUCAAGGUAUUUUUCUAGUUUUGCUACUUUUAUACAAGCCUGUAAAUUCUUGUGUCAUUGUUACUUUGUUUAUUGCUUUGAUAUCAAAGUGUAUGAUCUGCAGAACAGAAGAAAAUUUUGUGUAGAAUAUGAUUUGAUUAUGGAAGAAAUAUUUUAGGAUUACAUAUAUUUUUGCUAGUUGCUUCAGUAGCAGAAAAGAGUUCUGAAAUACAAAUAAUUUUUGUCACGAAUUCAAGCUGGAGAUAUGAUGACAUAUCCCAGUCUUGGCUUCAGAGAACCUUCUCUAUUAACCCUUCCUGACGGGUCACGUCUAUAGACGGUAAAACAAACCGCUCGAAAUGUGGUGUGCGGCUGUACGCCGCCAUGGCGCGCCAAAGCGCACCUGAGGCGGUGAUUUGGCUUGAUGUACCAAACUCCUGGGCUCAAAGUCGGCGCAUUGCUGUGGUUCACCAGUUUGUUUUUUUAGUUUUCUACACCCAUCACCAAGGCUUAGAUUGGCAAUGUAAUUAAUAUUCAACAGUGCCAAUUCACUUUUUGCUUGAAUAAUUAGCUAUCACUAGUUUAGGGUAUGAAGAUGUCAGAUUGUGAAAUCAUUCAUCAUGUACUAAGGAUGUUUCACUUUAUAAAUAGUAUUUCUCUGUAGUUAUCAACAGAAUAGAUCAAGUAUCUGAAAUAUCCAUUAUUCAAAAACAUUUUGAAAUGCAAUUAGAUUUACACUUAACAAGACAUCUUUGUUAGAAGCAUUGAUGGAUGAUCAGCUGUUUAUAUUGUCAAAAAUUAUGUAAAAUAAGUCCCCAGUCCAUUGCUACAAUGUAUGAUUUAUUUAUGCAAUUCAGUUUAUUGUAAUGGCUUAUGUUAAUAGAUCAUGUAAAAAACUUCAUAUUUGAUUUUUUUUUUCUUUCUUUUUUCUUUUAAUGAAUACAAUACAAAUACAAUACAAAAGUACAGAAAAUCAAGCAGGUUGUUCCUACAACUAUCAGGGAACUAUGUGUCCAUUUCUUUGGAAUAAAAUGCUGCAUUAGUGGCAGCUGUAAUUUUGUUAGCAUGUGGAGGAUGAGCUCAUUAAAUUCUGUUAUCAUGUUUGGUGGCGACGGGAUAUAUCAACCAUUGAGGGGGGGGGGGGGGGGGGGGGGGUUGUGUAAUAGGAGGACAUGAGAUCAUAAUCUGGAAUCCGGCAAGGACAAACACCCUUGAAUGCAUUACCACUGUAAUAUAAGUUCAUCAAUUAUCUUUACACAUAGAUGGCUCUAUAAGUGUUUAGUCACCAAGGAGUCGGUUAUUAGUCCUACCUAUUACACCUGUUUAUCCUUUUCCUUGAUUUUUUGAAAGCUUCAUUUAUUUUACUUUCUUUAAUGUUAUUAAUAUUUUAAUAACAAUUUAAUCAUCGUAAUAUCUCUUUAGAAUAAUAGCCGUAUUAAUAUUAAUAUUAUUAGAAAGAAAAACACAUUUACCUACAAAUUCAAGGAAUGGGGAAAUCAGGUGCAGUUAGGGCUUACUAAUAGACUCCAUAGUGGCUGAACACGUGGAGCCAACUGUAUGUAACAAAAAUCACAAAAAAAAAAAAAAAAAAAAUACAUGGGACAGAACAUAAAUCUGUUGCCAUUAGGUUAAUGCUGUAUGUUGGAGUUGCAGAUUAACAUAGUUUCAGUAAAAAGGGACACAUUCGUGCUCGUGAAAAACUGCAUUUAAAAUAAUGCCUUCUGUAAUGGUGCAUUUUAUCCCCCCCCCUCCCUUUCUGCCACAUAAUUGUUAUCAUUAAAGUUGAUGACAGUAAUACACAUGCAGGUGUUUCAACACCUUUUGAGGUACUGAUGCAUAUGAAACUGCAAUGUUGUCAUUACCUAUUGUAAGUGUGGUUUCAGCUAUAGUUGGAACAGUAUACUCAAGUAAGUUGAAAUUCAAGAUUUUGUGUGUGUGUGUGUGUGUGUGGGGGGGGGGGUGAUGAUGAUGAUGAUAGGGGAUUCUCUGAAAUAAAAGUAUGUAAUUGUUUUGAUUUAGAUAUUAGAAUGGUUCAGUUGUAUGUGUUAAAGCAAAUUCAGAGGGCAAAUUUUAGAAAUAUAUAGUGUGUUUUAUUAUUAAUCAUAACUUUAUAAUAUUAUUAGUGAUAUUCUUUCUUUAAUUAUUUACAGAAAAAAAACAGAUCACAGUACACUUUCAUUAUUUUUAGAGUGAAAACAGAGCUCAGUAUUUUCAGCUUAUUGAACCCUUAUUGCUCUUGAUUAUUUUUAGUGUGAUAAGAAUAGUGUUACAUGCAUGUAGAAUUAUCAAUGGAAUGUUGACUGCCAUAUACAAGAUUUUUUUUUUUUUUUUUUUUUUUUUUUAUAAUAAUAAAUAUAUAUAUGUAUGUGUGUAUGUUAUAUGCAUAUAUGUAAAUUAUAUAUUUAUAUAUAUAUAUAUAUAUAUGUAUAUAUAUUACAUAUAUAUAUAUAUGUAUAUGUAUAUACACAGUUUAUAUUUAUAAACAUAAUUAAAAAACAAAUCAGCUAUGUAUGUAUGUAUGAGAAUAUCAGGGUCCUAUUCAGGUUUUACCAAUCCAUUCAUAAUGAGAAGCAAUCUGUGCAAAGAGUAAGAUCUCUCUUGGUAAUCCUGCUGCUUUUCAGUGCAUAGCUGAUAUACACGAAACCCAUUUUUUAUUGUUGGAUUAUAGAAGUGAUACAGUUUUCUUUCAGGCAUAGAUGAAGUAUUGCUAUAGAGUAAAUGAAUUGUUGUGUAGAGUAUUAUGUUAACAAGUUAUAUUCUGGCUGGUUUGAUGGUGACUAAUCUUGAUUGAAAACAUAUUUGAUUUUAUUGUUACAGAGUGUAAAUGUGGUUGUUUGUCUAGACAAUAGAACUAACUAACAGUGUGGUUCAUGGUGUUUUCUCUGUCCAGGUGUUGUACUUGCAAGGAGUCAAAAUGCAUUUGAAGAUUUUUCUGCAUUUUUGAUUGGACAAAGUGUGUAUUUGGAUAAUUGGCUUGUUCAGUAUUCAUUUUGUUGUUAAUGCAAGAUAAGGAUUUUGCCUUUCAGCAAGUGCUGUCUUUACUUUACUAACCCCUAUCUGUCUCUCCCUCUCUCCCUCUCUCCCUCUCUCCCUCUCUCCCUCUCUCCCUCUCCCACUCCCACCACAUUCACAUCCACAUCUAUAUCUACAUCUACAUUUAUAUCUCCACCUCUCACACUCUCCCUCACUCAAAUGUUUCCCUUCCCUCCCUCCCUUCCUCCUCCAAAGAGAUUUCCAUGUAGCAGUUAGAAGUGUUGUAAGAUUAUAAAUAAAAAUUUUGUAUAUUUA